GGGUUUCAGAUUGCAGAACAAUUGCAUAUGGAUAUUUCUAGUUAUAAAUACUUGACCAACCUCCAGGGGUGGAGUUUCCUACCCUUUAAACCUCUAUGUGGCCAGCUGUCAAGCUAACUUUUUUGCUGUAAGUGCCAGAAUUAAUUGUAGAGAUAGUCACAUAUCAGCCACUGUAUAGAUAACCUUGAAAAAAAAAGAAGCAAAAUGGAUCACAACAAAUCAACUGCCAAUACUGAUAAAAUCCAUCAGAAUCGACUGUCAAGCGUUUCAGUAGAUGAAGACCAAGACGCAGCCUUAACAAUCGUGACCGUCCUGGACAAAGUGGCUACAAUAAUAGACAGUGUCCAAGAAAGUCAGAAGAGAAUAGAAGAGAGACAUCGAACGAUGGAAAAUACGAUCAAAUCUGUCCAGAUUGACAUGUUGAAGCUUUCCCAGGCACACAGUAACACAGGAUAUAUAGUGAACAAGCUGUUUGAGAAAACCCGGAAAGUCAGUGCUCAUGUCAAAGAAAUAAAAGCACGUGUGGAGAAGCACAGCCUAAACGUGAAGAAGGUGGAAACCAAGCAAGAGGAAGUGCUAAGAAAAAACAAAUUUCGAGUGGUCAUAUUCCAGGAGGAAGUCCAAUGUCCUACAUCUCUCUCUGUUGUCAAGGAAAAAAGCCUGCUUGAGAAUACACAAGAAGAUGAGUUCUGCCUCCCAGAUGAUCUCUCUUCUGAUGAAGAAUAUGAAAUUGAAGAAAGCAGAGCUGCCCAGUUUAAAAAGUCAGGAAAGAAGCAGAUCGAUAACAUCAAAAAGGCCUUCUCGAAAGAAAACAUGCAGAAGACAAGACAGAAUUUUGACAAGAAAGUAGACAGAAUUCGGACUAGAAUUGUGACUCCUGAGAGAAGAGAAAGGAUCAGGCAGUCGGGAGAGAGACUGAGGCAGUCGGGAGAGAGACUGAGGCAGUCGGGAGAGAAACUGAGGCAGUCGUCAGGAGAAAGACUGAAGCAGUCUGGUGAAAGAUUUAAGAAAACAAUUUCUAAAGCAACUCCAACGAAAGAAACUUUCAAGAUGCAUCUCCACAAGAAAGGAAAGGAACGAACCACUGCAGAAGGCCAAGAAGGCAUUCAGGAUAUGGGCAUGGAUAUCAUUAGCAGCAGUGGGGCUGAUGAACCCUACACGGAAAUGACAGCUACAACCGAGAAUGUACAAGGCAAAGAAGUAUAUCCUUCCCAAGCAGAAGAGGAAACCCAGAUUCCUAUGGAAAAUAUAGAUCUGCAACCCAAAACAAAAGCAAGUAAUGAGGAAUCCCUUUUGCUGGAUUUAAAACAAUCAGCAUAAAAGAGAACCAAACAGCCUUUGAUUGUGCGUCUGCUUCAUCAAACAAUUCUAACUAGAAAGGAUAGUAAUUUUUAUUUUUAAUAUCAUAUAAAGAUAGAUAAAUGCUAUUAUUUCAUUUAGUGUAUUCCAGGCUAUCAAUUAUGUUUUAAUAAGCUGGGCAAUAUAAAAAUCUCACUUUAUUGGCAUUUGAGGAAUAAAACCCCAAUGAGUGAUGAAGCUU